GAGGACUCGGAAGUACUCUCGGGGGUGGGAUUUAUGGUUGAAUCUUGGGUUUGCUUACUUCCGGCGAGGAAGUGUUGGGAAGUGUUGGCGUCAGUGUUUUCUCCGUUUAUAGGAAGAAUCCCAUCUUCUGUGCUUUAGUUGUGAGGAGUUUUAUCUUCCAGGAGAGCUCUCCGACACUAGAAACUUGAAGGGAGAGGGUAGGAUUUGUGUCGGAAUUGAGUCCAAUCCCUAACCUUGACCGGGCCUAUCUCUGUCACAGGGUCAGAAAUGAAUCUGAGGGAUCCAGGUUUAAAUCUCCUAACUGUAAAAAUCCUGCUUCUCUUAGGGACCAAUGAAGUUUCCUGUCGGUCUGUCAAGCUGUUGUGACUUGAAGGACAAAGCCCAGUUAUGACCAUUUUAAUGUUUUUCGCCCCUGUUCUGACUUAAGUUUGGAUAUGAUAGCGAGAAGAAGCGAUUUCAUCUGGAUUAGUAGGUUUUGUUCCAUUAUUUGCGUGAAAUGUGAAGUUUGGUACUUACAAAGCGAUGUUUUAGAUUGGCCUGAGGUCAAAUUUUUAUGGCUUUUAAAAAAUAUUUUAAAAAAUCUUGGAAGUAUUUUGUUAAACAUUAAUGAGCGGAGGGACGACUGCCUCACAGCGCAUGUUUUCCAUUAAGUUACUUUGUUUAGUGCUUAUCUUUAGUAAAGAUGACGUGUUUGUCAUCUCUUUGUUAAUAAUGAUUCCUAUGUAUCAGUAGGCUGUACACUGCUCAAAGUGCUCUUCGGAGGAUCUUAAAGAGCAGAAAAUAAGUUGGGUUAGAGUAACAGCCAGCCUCAAGAGACCUCCUUCUGAGUUGGAAUGAUAAUGACAGACUCCCGGGAAGUUACAGACUUAGAUCCUCCAGUUGAGACUUCACAAGAGCAGGAAGAUCUACUAAUAGUGAAGGUGGAAGAAGAAGACUGCACCUGGAUGCAGGAGUACAAUCCACCUCCGUUUGAGACUUUUUAUCAGCGGUUCAAGCAUUUUCAGUACCAUGAAGCAUCAGGACCCCGGGAGGCCCUGAGCCAGCUCCGGGUGCUUUGCUGUGAGUGGCUGCGGCCAGAGCUGCACACCAAGGAGCAGAUCCUGGAGCUGCUGGUGCUGGAGCAGUUCCUCACCAUCCUGCCUGAAGAGUUCCAGGCCUGGGUGAGAGAACACCACCCUGAAAGUGGAGAAGAGGCUGUUGCUGUGAUAGAAAGUAUACAGAGAGAACUUGAGGAACACAGACAACAGAUUGUGGCGUAUCCUGAAGUGCUGCCUCAGAAGACAGUGCCACUUGGAGCGGUGCAGGAGGCCUUUGGUCAUCAGUUCCUGUCCAUGGACACCCAGCUUGAACAAGAGCCACAGAAGCCUCAUCUUCUGGAGGAAAAUGCCCUUCCUGUUCUCCAAGCUCCUUCCCUUCCCCUGGAGGACAGCCAGGAGCUGACAGCUUCACUUCUCUCAGCUGGGUCCCAGAAGUUGGUGGAAAUGGAAGAUGUGGCUGAUGUGGCUGUGUCCUUCAUCCUGGAGGAAUGGGGACAUGUGGACCAGUCCCAGAAGUCUGUUUAUAGGGAUGGCAGGAAGGAGAAUUAUGGGAGUAUUGCUUCCCUGGAUUGUGAAUCCAAAGACAAUAAUGUGGAUCUCAUAGUGAAGCAGAUUUCCAAUGAAGCCAGUUCACCCCACUCACACUGGGUGGCAGCAGGAAGCACGCAAAAAGAUAUACCCCAGAGUCAAGGGUUUGCUGAAGUUAGUGACCUAAAGGGCAUGAUACAGAGGUGGCAGGUAAACCCCACCGUCGGAAAACCAAGGCAGAACCCUUCACGGAAGAGGAAUCUCUCCCCUAGCACAGACAUUAACCGUAAGCAGAGCACAAAUGGUGAGAGAGGGCACAGAUGUAACGACUGUGGGAAAUUUUUCCUUCAAGCCUCCAACUUUAUUCAGCACCGGCGAAUCCACACUGGAGAAAAACCAUUUCAGUGCAGCGAAUGUGGGAAGAGCUAUAAUCAGCGGGUGCACCUCACUCAGCACCAGAGAGUCCAUACGGGGGAGAAGCCCUACAAGUGCCAGGUGUGCGGCAAAGCUUUCCGGGUGAGCUCUCACCUCGUGCAGCACCACAGCGUCCACAGCGGGGAGAGGCCCUACGGGUGCAAGGAGUGCGGGAAGCGCUUUGGUCGCCAGUCACACCUGAUCGAGCACCUGAAACGGCACUUCCGGGAGAAGUCCCAAAGAUGCAGCGACAAAAGAAAUAGGAAUACAAAAUUGAAUGUUAAGAACAAAAUUUCAGAAUUUUCAGAAGCAGACAUGGAAGUAUCAGGAAAAAUCCAAAGGAAUUCUUCUGAAGUUCAAGGUUCUGGAGAAGGCUAUGAACAGCAAGGCAAAGCUGAUAGAAAGCAAGGAAUUCCUAUGAAGGAGAUACUAGGACAGCCCUCUUCAAAGAGGAUGAGUUGCAGUGAGAUCACUUAUAUCCACAAGAAACCCUCCACAGGAGAGAGACCACAUAAAUGUAAUGAAUGUGGAAAAAGCUUUAUUCAGAGUGCACAUCUUAUUCAACAUCAACGAAUUCACACUGGGGAGAAGCCAUUUCGGUGUGAUGAGUGUGGGAAAAGCUACAACCAACGUGUGCACCUCACUCAGCAUCAACGAGUUCACACAGGUGAAAAACCCUACCCUUGUCAUUUAUGUGGGAAAUCCUUUAGAGUGAGGUCCCAUCUUGUUCAGCAUCAGAGUGUGCACAGUGGGGAGAGGCCCUUUAAGUGUAACGAAUGUGGGAAAGGCUUUGGAAGACGUUCACACCUUGCUGGACAUCUGCGACUCCACUCCCGUGAGAAGUCCCAUCAGUGCCAUGAAUGUGGAGAAAUCUUUUUUCAGUAUGUCAGCCUAGUUGAACAUCAGGUGCUCCAUGUGGGUCAGAAAAAUGAGAAAAACAGCAUUUGUGAAGAAGCGUACAGUUGGAACUUGGCUGUGAUUGAAGACAAAAAGAUUGAGUUACAAGAGCAGCCAUAUAAAUGUGACAUAUGUGGAAAAGCCUUUAAUUACAGUUCAGACCUUAUUCAACAUUAUAGAACUCACACUGCAGAGAAAAACCAUAGAUGCGAUAUAUGUAGAGGAAAUGUUGGCCAGUGUUCCCACAUAAAAGAGCAUCAAAAAAUCUGUCCCAGUAUAAAACCCUAUCAGUGUAAUGAAUGUGAAAGAGGCUUCACUCUGAAAUCACAUCUUAAUCAACAUCAGAGAAUCCAUACUGGUGAGAAACCUUUUCAGUGUAAAGAAUGUGGAAUGCGUUUCAGCUGGAGUUGUAGCCUCUUUAAGCAUCUGAGAAGCCAUGAGAGGACAGAUCCCAUAAAUGCCUUAUGUGUAUAGGGUUUCUAUUAAAAAACAGCCCAAUAUUAAAGAAGCCUUCCUAAAGAGAGACCUUAUUCCAGUAAUGAGUGUAAUAACAAUAUGAAGCAUUUUUCCAACUUAACCAUUAAAUCUACAAAUGCAUUGAAUUCUUUCCGUUAGAACUCAGCCUGGGGGCUGGGGAUUUAACUCAGCGGCAUAAGCGCCUUCCUUGCAAGCAGGCAGUCGUGAGUUCGAUCCCUGGUACCGAUAAAAAGGAAAAAGACAAAAAAAAAAAAAAAAAAAAAAAAGAACUCAGCCUGAAGGAACACUGGAGCACCCACAAUAAGUAAAUACCAGUUUGUAUUACUUUUUAGAAGUGCUUUGGGUAGCAUCUUUAUGCUUAGCUGGAUAUGGCAGAUGAAGGAAAGCCUUCAGAUGACACUCAUUCUUUAUUAGAAUCUCAGAAAACUGCCACUGGGAAAAGCCUCAUGAAUGCAGUAGAAAUAUGCUUUAUUUGUAGAGUUUGCCUUGUUUGACAGCAUAUUGAUUCAGGGAAGAGUACAGUGAAAGAACUCUUCAGCAUGACACCUGUUUUGGUACCUCAGCAAUGAACUUUUUCUAGAAACUAUUAUGCCAACCACUAGAAUACUCCAAUCAUUGUUCCCAUCGAAGUAUUAAACCUUUUGAAAAGAAAUUGACUUAGGCAUCUAUAUUUUGAUAAAAUUGGGUUCAGAACCUGGAUGAGAUGUGUUUCUACUGUCUAAUCCAAGCUACAAAUUAUCCAUGAAAUAUUCUAUCUUAUUUUCAUUUUGAUUAUAUUAGUUACAGGGUUAUCCAGUAAAAAGUUAAAUUUGUAAAUCUUUGAGAAAUUGUAGUCUUAAUCAAAUACUAUUAAGGUGUGUAAGACCUUAGGGAGAUACAGAAAAAGGUGAAACUGGAGGCUGGUUUAUUUUGUAGUACACACAAAUCCAUAGAAUGAAUUGGACUAUGUUGAAUUAGAAUUUGAGGUAACUACCUCAAAAUCCAGUGUGUGUGGGUGUGGGUGUGUGAGUGUGUUUGUGUGGUACUAGGAUUGAACACAGGGCUUUCCCAAUGAGUUACACUUCGGCUUUAAAAAAAAAUUUUUUUUUUCCAAUUGGGUCUUGCUAAGUUACCCAGGCUACGUCAGAAUUUGCAGUCCUCCUGCCUCAGGUUCCCAGACUUCUAUAAUUAUAGGUGUGUGCCACUGUACCUAGCUUGAAUUUAAUAUCUUAACUAAUUAAUUUACUUACUAUUGGGACAAAGUCUUGCUGUGUAGUUUAGGCUGGCCUUGAAGCUUAGGCUGCUUUGAAUUUGUGGCAAAUCUUCUGCCUCAGUCUCCUGAGUGCUGGGACUAUAGGUAUGUGCCAUCACACCCAGAUAGAUAUUUUAAUCUAAGCAGUAUGUCCACCAGUUCCCAAGUUCCCUGAGGAGUAUGUCCACCAGUUCCAUGAGGAGAGGCCUCAUGUGUAGGUUGAUGGUAUAUAGGAUUGAGUCUUGGUUUAUGUUGCAAGUAGAAUUGAAAAACUAACAAGGAAGUGAUGUGAAUGUGGUCUAGUACCACCUGCCAUUUGGGAAGGUUUUGGUAGGAAUUUUGCAAGGGAAAGAUAACAGAUAAGAGAACUGACUCAAGCAUGUUUGCUACAGAGAAUGAGAGCACUUCAAGGAUGCUACUGAAGUUCUGUGUCUGCUUUUGGUGCCCAUGUUGAUUGUGUGGUUCAUGGUGUUGCCCACUUUAGCCUCCAUUACCAAGUUGGUAUUGCCCAUCCCUCAGAGACUCUUGUGUUUGUCUGCUAAGUGCACCCAGCUGUAUUACUACAGUAAUUAGGGUUUUUUUUUUUUUUUUUUAGAAGAUGGGAGCUGCCUUAAUCCAAUUUUCUCCUCUGUGUCCCCAUCCAGUGACUUAGACAUGAUUGACAGGGAAAAAAAGCUGAUUCACUUAUCUUGAAGGGAAAAACUGGUGUGGUUUGUGUCCUAGAACCCGCUGGGGAUCAGGCCAAAGCUAGAUAUAAUCUGAGCUACAUCCAAGCUUUUCCUUUCGUUGUUGUCUUUCAUACCCUCCCUCAAAGGCUUUUCCUGAGGAGCACACUCAACAAAGCUAUGUGGCUCUGAGUCCCUUUCUAAGGUUCUACUCUGGAGAACCUCACAUAAGACAUUUGGUGCCGUGAGUGGUCCUGAGAGCUGACUAUGAGUGGCUUGUGGAGUUGGUCACUCACCGUCGGACCAUGAGAGCCCCAUCACUGGUAGGGAGUAGAAUAUUGCUAGUCUUGUCAUAUAAUACCAAUGCAAUCACUGAGGUACUGACUUGUGAACUGGGAUGGAACACAAGUGGAAAGGAUGAAUUGAUUUAUGUAAGGUUUGGGACAAACAAGAAUAUAAUAUAAGGACUGCAGGAUCAGUGUUUCUGCUGAAAGCCACUGACUUCUUCCAGAUAGAAGAUGACAGAGUAAAUAGCCACUGAAUUAAUGAAAAGUGUAGAGACCUUUAUCUACAGACAUAAUCACACAUCUAAAGUAAAGACAUAAGAUUUAACUGAGGAUGACUGAACUUUACAAAAGCCUGAUUUCAUAACCACGGUGGCUGUAGUCAAAGUUGGCUCUGAUAGGUAGAAAAGACAGGACUAUAUGAAUAACCAUGCUUGAGUACUUUUGAAUCCCUUGAUUCCCUUGAACUCAUCCUGUGUAACUGGCCCAUUUGUUGGAAAAUAGCAGCUUUCACUUAUUGAAACUGUGGAUGCCUUGAAUGAAACAGGUGAUGUAUAAGAUAAUGCUGACCCUCUGAACCUGCUCCCACCUUCCUACCCAUCCAUCAGACAUGUUAGGAGGACCAAGUUUUACCAUAAUCCAACUUUGCAAGUGCUAGGCCUGCUAAGGUAUUACAGUGAUUUUAUGCUGAAAGAGUUUCAGGUCUUGGUUAGAAUAUACCGGUAGGGCUUGUGACCUGGAGGUGCUGUCGGGGACUUACUUAAAGUUGGAAAUCUUGACAACAUGAGGCACCCUGUGACAGAAUUUAACCAAAUGACAACUGGGAAAUGAGAUUAACAUACUUUUGGCAUGAUUCUUGAAAGGUUAGGAAAACCAGGUAUAGUGUCAUAUCCCUGUGUAUGAUCCAGGCUCCUCUGGAUACUAAGGCAGGAUUGCUGAAACCCUGGAGCUUAGGAAAAGUUUAGGAAAGACAAGGCUGAUAUUAAAUGAUGUAGAGAUGCCAGAACUGCUGGAGGAAGGCUGGAUCAAAAAGUUCAUAAAUAGACAAACUGAGUUAUAUAGGACCAAACAAGCUAUGGUUCUUAGGAGGGUCUGGAGAAUGUUUUACCAAGGUAGUAAGGACUACAUUGGUUGGGAUGGGAGAAUAGCAUCACUAAAAAUCUUAUUGGCUGUCCUCAUUUGCUGGACUGGUAGUAAGAGAUUCUCUUAAACAAUUGGGCUUCUGGGUAGCAAAAGAUGAUAGAUCCUGGAAUAGCAGAAUCUAGCUAGCAGAGUAUAACUAUCAGUAGCGAAGUAGAUACAGUUUGCUAUGAUUGGUAACUGCCUGAAUGUAUGCAUCAGAGGCUGAACUUAGGGAUUUACAAAAAUUUCUGAUAGAUUUAAUAUAGUUAAUCAGAAGAAUGAAUGAACAGAAGUCUGGAGCCAACCAUCCCAAUGAGAAAUUACAAUCCAGUGUUCAAGAGCCAAUUGACUAAAAGUGAAUUUAUUUGCUUUGAGGAAAGAUCAUACAAUGUGAUGGAAAGUACAUAUAGAGUGAUUUCCCCAUUUAUUCUAAAGAGACUCAUGGCCACUUACUGAGGUCAUUCUAUAUUAGAAACAAAUACCUAAGACUCCUUUCUUCUCCUCACAGAACCAUAUGGGAGUCAGGUAAGUGGAAUCUUAAUCCAGGUCUAUACUCCUUUGGAUUCACUGGGUGUAUGGACUCACUUAGUGGUCAUGUUCAUGGUUCCUCAGUGUGUGAUUGGAAGGGACAUAGCUUACUUGGUAGAACCCUCACCUAGGUUUCUUUACUUGUAGAUUGAGAUCUAUUGUAGAAGAGAAAUGUUUUAGUUGUCAUCUUCAUGCCUGGAAAUGUACACUGGACAGAGAGGCUAUGAAACUAGUGAAAUAUGGUGGGAACUCCUGGAAAUAUGCCAGCCCAGUCACAGUAGUUAAGAAGGGUAUUAUUUUUUUGAGAGUGGCAGAGAUUGGGGUAUCCUUACAUAUUUAAUAGAUACAGAAGUAAUAGCCUUUUUCAUAUAUAUAUAUAUAUAUAUAUAUAUAUAUAUUUAUUUCACCAAUCUGGAUGCUAUAGAACUAAGACCAUGAAUCAUGGCAGAUAACAGUGGACUACUACAAACUUGGCCAAGUAGUAGUCCCAAUUAAGCUGCUGCAUUAUGUGAGGUGACCUGCACCUUCCACCCAGGAGGCUAGAUUCCCCAUCAGUCCUUUUAUUUCUUUUUUCUUAGUGAGAACCAAUUAUAGAACUUGGUCUUUUUCCCACUCUGAAGAGGAGCUUAAGUUCUUUGCUUUAUAGAGGACAAGUUAGAGAGCCACCAAGGUGAGACCUUGAGGGUUCCUAGAGAACCCUCAAGGUGGGUGGCAGUCCAUUGAGGAAGACUGGACAGUGAUGCACUGGCAGUGAGUGGGUUCUCUAGUCAGUAUGUUUUGAGGGUUAAAUAUUAAUGCUCUUUUCAUCUAUCUACUGUGCCUACCCUGAGCUCUGGAUUAUGGUCAGGGAGAGGUGGUGAAGGACUGUGGGGCUUUGAGAUUCUUACUUACUGCUCCUGGCAUCCAGCCCCAGUGGAAUGUGGCAAGAUGACCCUCUUCCUUGUGUCGUUCCCCCCUAGAAAGCUGCCCAGCCCAGCCCAGCUUUGUUCUUUUGCUUUAAGACAAAGCAAAGAUGUUAGCAGUUUUCUGUCUUUGUGGAAAACUUAUGGACAUGACUUCACCAGAAAUGUUGAUUUGAAGUUGCCAAAUCUCUGAAUAGUAGGACUGUUAAGACACUCCUUCAAGUCAGAAUGAUGUAAGAAGGAAGAAAAUGAUGAAAUAGACUUGAAUUCUAGGCAGCAGAUACCUGCAGAGAUGUCAGAAAUAUAGCAGAUAAUAAGGGUUAUUCAAGGAUGAAUAACAAAAUUAAAAAACGUGUGUUUUGGAAUUUGUCAAUGAUUUUACUUCUUUACAAGGUAUCUCAUUCUUAGUGCCUCUGGUAUUGAUAGAAUGAUGAGCAUGAUAAAUCACGAGUCUGAUGCAAUGUGGCAACUGCUUUGUUGUGUGCCUGCUUAGAAAAUUACAAUAUGGUAUGUAUCACUGAUACAGACCAGAAGAGCACAUGACUAGCUAGCCCAAGCCCAUCACUAGGUCUAGAUAAAUAAACUUAAACACUAGGGGAAUAGGAAAAUCUUGUUUAUAAGAGAAACAAAAACUAGUUGGGCAUUGUGACACAUGCCUGUAAUCCCAGCACUCAGGAGGCUGUGAGCGGGAGGAUUGGGGCAAGUUCUAGGCCAGCCUGGCCUGCACAGAGAAAGUGAGACCCUGUCUCAAAAAAUGGAAAAAAGAAGUUUUGUAUCUGUGCUAAAGACUUUUUACAUGUUAAUAUGUAUUUAUUACAAAAUUUGUAAUGUAUCUGAACAUUGGAAAGGCUAAUCAGUUGUUCAUGAUUAGGUAGGAAAAGUUCAUGUCAGGACUGAAACUCUGGUAUGCUUAACUUUGAGCUUGAAUUAUUUCUCCACAGUUUGUCUUUGGUAUAAGCAUUUAUGCUUUAUGCUUAUAUAGUGUUUUUAAUUUCCAAAGCAUUGUGCUAUGAUCUUAAGGAACUGUCCACAAAAAGUAAUUAUAGUCCCCAUCUUAUAGGUGAAGAAAUAAGAGGCACAGAGAUAUAGUGUAUUAUGACUUAAUAAUAACUAUCUCUUGAAAUGAAUCCAAGCAUCUCAGCUUUACUGAGGCCUAGCGUAGAUAAUGCUCUGCACCAAAUGUGUCUGGUUUUUCAUAGCCUUUUCUGUCUCACCGGCAGCAAAUUACCAGAGCUCCUAUCCCCAUUCCAGCAUGUUUCCAGGUAAGCACUUUAUCACCGAGCUCUAACACGUGCUCUGUACUGAAACAUGCAAACUCAUUUCUGCUAUGAUUCUCAAUAUAGUUCAUUGAAAUUUUGUCUCAAGUAUUUUAAGAUGGAGGAAAUGAAAUCUUGGUUUUGCAUAUCUGGGUCAAAAUUCUAAAAGAUGAAGAGAAAGAAAACAUUCUUUGAAGCAGUCCCUCAUAGUGGCAAGAUGAAUCAAGAUGAAGGGACUUCAAUUAGAGGUAAAACUGGAAGAUCCAGGGCUUCAGUCAGGGGUACAGCUGUUUCUCCUUGACUUUGAGAGGCCCAGGAGUACUUUCCUGCUCCAAGUCAGGGUUGGUGAUGGUAGAAACCACUGGUUUCAGUUUAUAUUUCUCAAAUGAUCUCAGUACUCGGUCCUCUUUUGACCUCAGACUGACUCCUCUACUGAUUUGUAUGUUUAAAAAAAUCUUUUGUUUUUCUUUUUUGAGUCAGUGUCUUGCUACGCUGUUCAGGCUGGCCUUGAGCUCACUUUGUAGCCCCCUGGUCUUGAAACAAUGAUCCUCCUGCCUCAGCCUCUUAAGUGCUGUGAUUACAGGUGUGACCCAUCACACCAGGCUUUGUAUGUAAAAUUUUGAUAGCUCUUGCUCUGAAUUUUAUUUUUAUGGUGCUGGAGAUUGAACUCAAAACGUUGCUUAUGCUAGGGAGUGCUCCACUAAUGGACUAUUGCCAGUCCCUAAAAUACAAUUUUUAAUGCUUUCCUAUCAUUUCAACUAGGGCUUUCAUCAAGAAUAAAGGCUAUUUUUUGCUUUCAUUAUUACCCUUAAGUCACAUAAUAUAUGUAGUUCAUUGCAACCAGUAGUAUUUGUUCUCAUGGAUACAGUAGCAACAUUUUCUUCUUAUUUGUAUAAAGUUCAAUAAAAUCAUUAAGGGCCUGGUAAUUCAAUUCUCAGCAGGUCAUGUUUUAUAAAUUAAGAGAUGUGAGUGUACUACAACUGCUAGGUUAUUUAUAAGACAUCUGAAUAAGAAUGUGAGCAAUGUUAUAGUAGCACAGGCUUGAAAUACAGAAGUAAAUUAUGAAUUCAUAUUGUAGGUUACAUACAUUUCUCCCAUUCUUCAAAAAUAGUAAGAUUUCAUUGAUCUUACAGUGUAUUCAUCAAAAUUCAUUUAUUAAUUGCUUUUGAUCUACCUAGUGUUGGCCUAUAUAAUAAAUUUUCUUUAGUUAUCUGCCACUUAGUACCUCUCCAUAAAACAUGUCAUAUAUUAUGGUGGAAUACCAAGAAACUGACAGGUCAUUAAGAUUUUGUAUAGCUGAAUUUUUUAGCUAAGUUCAGUCUAUGAUUGAAUUCUGAAAUUGGAAGGGGCUUUAGUAUAAUCUAGUUUAUUUUACUUGGACAAAUUUGAGACUUGGUGGGGUCAACAGUAGAAACAGUAGCUACACAUCCCUGGGGGUUUAUUUUUACUCAACACACAAAAAAGUUUGUAAGUGAAGCUGCCCAGCAAGCAAUGGACCAAGAAGUGCAUUUUUCUAUAUCUGACCCUCAUUCCAUUGUGACAGGAACAUUGUAGACUAGAGGGACUGUGCUGCAUUAUGAAGUUGGACUAAAUCCAUGAUACUCAACAGAGAAAGGCUAGGAGAUAUUACAACAUCUCUGAGAAGCUGACAUAGUUUUAACAUACAAAUACACUUCAAUUUUUUCUUAAUUUGAAAUAUUAAAAGGUGGCAUUUAAUUUGGUUGGGCAAUGUUUAAAGUUUCUUCCAAAUCACUUUUUAAACAUUUCCUUUUGAGCUCCAGGAAUAUGUCUCAGUGGCACAGGGCCUGCCUGGCAAACAUGAGGUUGUGAGUUUGAUUCCUGGUAUUAAAAAAAAUUCCUUUUGAGACACAGGGAACAUAGUCUUGACAUAGUCAAGGGCCUGGGAACAGGGAGGGUCCUGGACUUUGCCUACUACUUAUUAAAAGCAUGAUUUAUGUUUUCUCCUGGGGCAGCCACAGUCUGAAAAGCCAUUUUUACUAUGAACUAUGACUCAUCCCUUGGGUCUACAUGUGCUUAAUAAGUAACUAAAAGCAAAGCAAAGCCUGACCUUCAUUAUGUAUACUUUAUAUGAUAAAUCUUUAUUAAAUCUCUUAGAUUUUCAUAGGGACAUGUUGAUGAUCAUUUAGGGAAUGUUGGGUUAGAAGCUGGCCAGGCAGGGUUGAUUAGCCAAUUUUCCUAAUCUCAUCCACAUUCAAGAUUGAGGACACCAUGAUAGGAAUUUACAGUAACAUUCACCUUCCAGUCACUUUUAUACCUGUGAUCACCUGAAUUCCAGUAAAGGUGGAGCCCCACAUGACUUGAGACCAUCAUAAACAAAGAUAAUCCUUUUUUGGGAAGGAAACCAUCCUUCAGUCAUUCCAAAACUAUGUACUAGGAAUGAGAUAAUGAUCAACUGGAUCCCAGCCUACCAGCUAGUCAUUGAACAUAGUUGCUUGCCUUUGUGGGAGGACCACUCUGAAUCCCUCUAUCAAAGUGUGCCCUCUCCAGCUACCUAAACUUAAAUCUUUUCCUAUCUUUUCUUUAACUUUCUAAUUAAAGUUUUUUUCUACUGUAAAUUUGUGGUUUAGUCUUAGUUUCUGACAGAUUCUGCCAGCUUGAGGCUUAUCUAUCUCUAAAGUGACAUUCGUCCAACUUGGUAUGGGGCCCAGAGAAACAAUUUAUCUCUCUAAGAGUAACUUCUAUGUUCUCCUUCUAGUUCCAUUAAUAAACCUCCCACUCCCUUCUUGCACGUGUGCCAAGCCCUCUCCAAUCCCAAGACCCCGCAACCACCCAAGUGCUUCACCCCCAGUCCCCGAUGUUUUUCUAUUUUGUGCAGGCAGAUGCCUUUCAAAUCAGCUGUUGAUUAUGUCAUUUUGCCCACCUCCCAAAUUCCUCCCCCAGCCAGACCUGAAAAAAAUACUUCCACUUCUUUGUUCUACCCAGAGAGUGCUUGGGUUUCUUCUGCAGACCUCUGGUGCCUCCACUAAAGGCCUCUUUCUCUCUGUCUCUCCAUUCUGUCAAAAAUCAGGUCCAUGCUGGCUGGUAACAAGAUCUUACUACAUAGCCCAGUCUGGCCUCCCACUUGGAAUCCUCUUGCCUUAGCCUCCUCACUGCUAGGAUUAAAGGCAUGUAGCGCCACAAUGUUUUUCAUACUUUAAAAUGACAACUGUCCUGAAAAUCUAGUUCUUCUAGAAGCCAUCGUAAUCUCAUAAGGAUUGAGACAUACAGGGAGUUGCAAUGCCUAAGGGUUUCUCAGUUCUUUGCCUCUGCAGCCUAUCUGCAUAGCUGAGUCUUUCUAGCCAGAAGGAUAAUUGGUUUGUCUUACUUCUGUUUCUUCCAUUCCAACUUGUUGAACCUCAUCCUCUCUUGAGUUCGCCCAAGAUCCUUAAUGUGCCAGACAGUGUAUGGGCAGUGAUUGAGGUGGUAAAAGAAUUACCAAAGUCAAGGAAUAUAGGAAAGACAAGAGUUUAUUCAGGUUAGAGUACACUGCCAAGAGGGACAGCAGGCAAGGUUCCAAGAGAGGACUCCUAUGUUUAGUGUGACAGAUUGUAGAUGUGGGGAAGCGUCUGAGUUGGCAAAUGGAGUUAUCUUAGAUAUAUUUUCCAGGGCUUGCUGUGACUUGUUACUCUUUCAGAAACACCUGAAGUUAUACAUCAAGUUGCAAAUUGCCAAGGUCAUUUACUCCCGUCUCACAGCAGCCCCUGUAGUUUUAGAUAAGGCUGCCAAUACACAUUAAUUUUUUGAGAGACAAAUGGGUCAGGGCUCAUUGGGAUGAAGAGUUCUUUAUUUUUAAUCUUGUUUAUCUACUCAGGAUUAAACACAAUACCUCCUGACUGCCCAGCACGUGCUGAGCAAGACUGUGUCAGCAGAGAAACACGGGUGUUGAGAAUUUUAACCUCUUUGUUACAUUAAUAAGUCUUGAUUUCAUGUCCUAUCACCAAGGCGUCUUUAGUCAGUCAUAUUUCACACUCUGCAUUAGCACCCUUGAGCUAGUUUCUUACUGGUCAAUCCGACCAUUAGGCUCGCCAUUCCUCCUCACCCCAAGUACGUGCCCCUUGAGGUGGCCACCUCCCUACGCAGUAGCGGCUGGAGUCAGGUUAGUUUUCCUGACGUUUGUCGCAGUCAUCACUGGUGUAAUGGCUAGCAACGUCCACUAGAUCAGUAGAGAGAGCGGUGCAACCGCUGAAGAACGUGCAAAGCCAAGUGCAGUAGACAGCGCCCACGACCACUAACCACUAACGAUUUGCACCGGGCGCUCAGCCGGAACUCCCCUCCACCGCCCUCCCCGGGUCGCAUCCGGGGCCUGCGCUCCACUGCCGGAAAUGCCGGUGAGAAGCGCCCGCCCCCCGGCAGUCUAGAGCGCCCCGGAAGAGUUGCGCGGCUCUGCGGAGGAGUGUGUAGCUGACGGGACGGUAGCUAGGCCCGCCUCUCUCGCCGAGUCCCCCGGAAGUCGUUCUGGGUUGCCGUGGGAGGGGUCCCUUGUUUCGUCUCCCCAGGAAGAGGCGCCUGGCCUGGGCCGAAGAUUUCCUUGUCUUCUGGACCGCGCGGAGGCCCGGGCGCAGGAGCCUGUUCGUCUUCAGUCCUGGUUCGCCUGAAGCCCCGCGGACUGAGCGCUCCGCAGUCAGAACUCGGUGACCUGUCCGGGUGUGCUGGGAACAGGGAUGGAGGAACUGUCAGCACAAGAAGCCUCAGGAUCACCAAGGGUCCAGUUUCACUCUUUGGAGACCCAGUCUGAGUGUCUUUCCCCAGAGCCUCAGUUCAUGCAGGACGCCGACAUGGAGCAGGGACUCACUGGGGAUUGGCUCCAAACUCCUGGACUCCUGCAUAAGGUGACUGGAUCAUGGGGUUACUCUGUAGCUGAAUGUGCUGUAAGGAGGUAAGGACUCAUCAGAAGAGGUAGGUCACUGGGAACAGGACCUGGAAAUGUAUAUAUCUCCCUCACUGGUUCCUUCCCUCUUUGCUUCCUGGCUUGCAUGGGCUCAGAACCCUUUAUCCACUAUGCCUUAGUGCCAUGCUAUUUCUGCCUUGGAGACAGCUGACCAUAGAUAAACCUGUGAGCCAAAAUAAUUGUCUCGUCCUUUAAGUUACGCAUGCUGGCUAUUUUAUACCAGUAAUAAGUGACUAAAAACCAGCCAUGGUCAUGCAGGCCUGCCAUCCUAACAUUUGGAAGGCCGAAGUAGGAUGAUCACUGUACAUUUGAGGCCAGCUGAAGCUACAUAGUGAGUUCAACUACAGAGUGAGACCCUGUCUUAAAAAAACAACAAAAAAGUUACUAUUACAGUUGAUUUCAAGGGACUGUGUGUGUAAAACAGACAAACGGAAAGGAAAUACAUUUAUUCUAGCAGUUUUGUCCUUGUGACUCCUGGCUGCAUGAACAGUAUACGGAAGACCAAGGAAGGUGCCCUUUACAUGAACCAACACCUUCUUCACUACUACUGAGAGCUUCUGUACACAUGGAUGCUAACACAUUCACGAACACAGACACACUCAGACCUCAUAUGAAUCUGUUAGACACAGUGAAAACUGUGAGGCUCUGAUGAAGCAUGAGGGUAGAGAGAAAUAUUUCCAAUAUAUUGUGAGUGUAGCACUCACACUUUAAUCCCAGCAUUGAACCAUGAAUCAAUCACAUUCUAGAUUCAGCCACCUCUGAAAAGUCCAUCCUGCCAUGACUGAAUGAGGGUUUGGGGAGAUAUAGACACAACUGUAUCAGCUUGCAUCUUAUUUAGUCCCAGAUAAUUCAUACAAAAGAGAUGAUUUAUAUGUGCAGCACAUGUGGAAUAGUUUUUGGUUGGAAUUUAAAUCUUUUUGUUUUUUUGUCUUUUUCGUUUUUAUUGGUACCAGGGAUCGAACUCACGACUGCCUGCUUGGAAGGCAGGCGAUUAUGCCACUGAGCUAAAUCCCCAGCCCCUGGAAUUUAAAUCUUAUUCAAACUCAGAGAAUCCACACAAGGGAGGAACUCUAUGAAUGUAACCAAGAAAGACUUUUAUCUAGUGCUUUAAUCUAAUAGGACAUCAGUGAAUUCACACCACAUAGAGACCAGAUAAAUGCAGUAACUAUACAAAAACUUGCAGCUGAAAUUCAUGGCUUAUUGAACACCAGAAAGUAGAUGCCAUCAAACUGUAAUGAGUGUGGGAAGUCUUUUAGUAGGCAUGAAAAGCAUCAUUGAUCUUCUCAUGAUAGCACACACCUGUAUCUUAGUACUCAAGAGGCUGAAGCAAGAGGAUUGCUGUGAGUUCAAGGCUAGCUUGGGCUACAUAGUGAGUUUCAAGUCAUCCUGAACUACAUAGAAAAAACCUUGCCUCAAAAAAACAAAACAAAAACCGCAAAAAGCAUCAUAAACUUCACACUGAAGAGAGACCCUACACUUGUGUCAUAUGUGAGAAGGCCUUGAGUUGGAAUUCCCACCUCAACUAUCAUAGAUGUCUUAUUUCAUAAACUUAAUUCAUGAUUCUGGUCAGACACUGAAUUAGAUGAGAACCAAAUCAAAUUUUCCCAGAAAGUCAGUGUUAAACCUAACCAUUGAAUUUGAUUUAGUUCUCAUGCAAUUUGGUUUAUGAUCAGAAUCAUGGAAAGAAUUAAGUAGAUGAACCAACUGUAUUUAGUGUCAAGAAAUUCACAAGAGUAAAGUCCUAUGAAGGUAAAGACAUAAAAAACCUUCAACUGUAGUUCAUAUCUUAUUGGUCACCUGGAAAUCCAUACAAAUGAGAAAUAUGAAUAAAAUCAGUGCAGUAAAAUACCUUUGAAGUUUUAGCUUUUUAUAAAAAUUGGAGAAUUCAACUGGGGAGAAAGUCUUUGAGUGUGAAAUGGGAGGGCCUUUAGUCCUAGCUCAGCUCUUAGUAAGAUACGUGAAGAGUGACACUGUGGACAAACCUUUCGGAUGUGUUCAGUGCAUGAGAGCCUUCAGAGUUCCAAGCUUAUUUAGCAAUCAGUGUGUUCACUUCAUAGGAAUCUGUGGGGUAAGCCUUGUUUUCAGAAAGCCUUGCUACGUGUUGGGCAAUCUGCACAAAGGAAAAAAGCAAGUAUAAUGCAACAUUCAAAGAUGAUGACCAGAGACUGAAACUUCAAUUAGCACUACUUUUUACUUGAUGUUGAGGAUUUACGUCAAAGGGAGAUUUUGUGGUUUGCUUUCCUAAUUUCUGUAAUCAUCCCUUGACAAUGGAGUAAGUUAGAUCCAACUGAGGGAAGAAAGAAUCAGGGAGUUCUGGAUUCAGAUUCAUGUCAGGAAAACAGUAGAUGACCUUAGAACCCAAAUAGCUUUGCUUUUCUCUCCUCUGUCUUGAUAUAUCUGUAGACAACAGUGCUUAGAUCUCUUUUGAUCAAUAUUUUGCUUCUCCAUAUUCUACCAAUUACUGAAUCUUUUUUUUUAUGUGGUGUAAAUGGGCAAGUUUUUAAAAUCAAAUAAUUUCUCACUAUGGCAUGUUGUCAUGCGUUUGUUGUAUGUUGGCUUGGCUAGGCCAAAUCGCAUUUACCAGUAUUCUUUUUCUUGAAUGUUCUUGCUCAGACAGGCUAAAAGAGAGAUUCUUGAAAGACUUGGAGGGAAGAAAACAGCAUUAUUUUGUAGCUUGCACAUGUUGCUGCUAAUUUGCAUGUCCUUCUCGCCUUAAAGCAGUGGCUGGACUACAAUUUUUCUACCUUCCUUUGACUCUUCCUUGCCUUUAUUGGGUCAGAUAUAUUAGCGUGUGAGUCUACCUCUGUGACAGAGGACCUUAAGUUCUACAAGAUACCCUCAUUCUCAAAUGUCAGAGACAAAAAGAACUGACUUGGCUUCAUUCCUCACGAGGUUCCAGUUCAUGUUGGGGGUUCCAGGCUGCUUGUGAUCUUCUUUUCCUAUCUGUUCACCUGUAGACUUUAUUCUUCAGCAUUCAAGAGACACUUCAGCCUUUCAGUCAUUGCUCAACGAGCUCCCGCCAUUGUGUGAAGCCAAUUUCCUGUAACAGAUCUCUUUAAGUAUAUGCAUUUCCUAGUGGUUCUGCUUCUGUAACUGAACUUUACUGAUACACAUAUGGAACUACCUGCAUUGAGAGUUCCAAGAGAAAUAAUAGGGUACAGAUAGAAGUAUAGAGAGAUUUAUUGUAAAGGAUUAGCUCAUGUAAUUAGAGAGACAGAAGUCUCAAAAAUCUGUUGUCCACAAACUGGAGGUCCAGGGAAGUGGGUAAUAUAGCCCAGUUCAGAUGUUAAGGCCAGGGAACCAGGGAGCCACUGGAGUAAAAACCCAAGGAGCAGGAGAGCCACUGUCAAAGGGCAGGAGAGGAUGGAUAGCUCAGCUCAAGCAGAAGGCACAUUUACCCUUCUUUCACCUCUCUGUUCUACUAAGAUCUUUGAAGGACUGGAUGAUGUCCUUUUGCAUUGGUGAGGGAAGACCUUCUUUAGUGAACCUAUGAAUUUAAAUGCUGAUUUGUUCCACAAAUGUCAUGCAUCCAGAAACAAUGUUUCCAGAAAUGAUGUUUUACUGGCUAUCUGGACAUCCCUUAGCCCAAUCAAGGUGACACAUAGAAUGAACCAUCCAAUAUCCUUAUGAUACAUAUUUAUUUCAAGUUUAAGUGGAGAGAAAUGGUUAAAUUCUGUCUUUUUUUUGUCUUUUUGAGACAGGGUCUUGCUAUGCAGUUCCGGCUGGCCUUGAUCUCACUUUGUAGUUUAUGCUCGUCUUGAACUUGCAACGAUCCUUCUGCCUCAACCUCCCAAGUGCUGGAAUUACAGGCAUGCUCCAUCACUCCCGGUUUCUGUCAGAUAUUUUUAACCCAAUAAUAUUUCCAAGGUUUCUUAUCAGAAAUAGCUAUUGUUCAAACUAGACUGCAACAUAAAUUAAGGCAUCACCUGAGGUAGAGUUCCAUGUUAUGUGAUUGUCAAGGAAAAAGUUUGGUAACAGUAACAGCUUGGUAAACUAGUCAGGUGAACCAGCUCAUCUUGAAGAGACGAAGAAAGCUCGUUCCAUCUGCUGCUUCCCCUCCCCUUCUCCCUUCAAAUCCAACUAGGUUAAGUUUUAACUUCCUAAAGGCCAUAAAACAAAGGCCUGAGGUACUAGCUCCUGACAUCCUGGGUCUUCCCUAUCUGGUAGCCCCGUCACAAAUUGUGUUAAUUGCAUCAGAUUGUAUUAGAUUGUACAUUCUUCACAGAAAUAGCUUCGUUUAUAUCAUAGUAAUACCUGUAACUGUAAAUGUGUGUCUUCCUUUUCCCCUGGGUAAAAGAUUGAUAUGUUAAUCAAUGCUCUCAUCUGUAAAGAAUUGUAAAAUCUUACCCAAUUGAUAUGUUAACCAUUGUUGCCCUCUACAAAUAGAAAGGUUGUGGUGCUAAAGUAAGGUAAUUAUGUCAGGAAACUCAGAGAUAAAGUCUGCUGACUAUGCUAAUCAAGAUUGGGAAGUAUGUCAGAACCAAGCCACACAGGAGCUAGGUGACCUAAAAAUAAGCUGUGCAAAACAAGACAGUUAAUCAACUCUGACCCACUGGUCGCCCCUCAUGAUCUGACCAAUCACAAAUGGACAAAUCACCAACUGUUCUGCUCUAACUGCUAUGAUUGGCUUCUGUAACAAUGCUUGCUUACUUUGCGGUUUUCAUCCUUAAAAACACCAGCCUUGCCCCAACUCAGGGUUCUCCGUUUCCACCUGUUUGGAGGACCCCGUGUACACGGAAUAAUAAAAACCCCAUUGUUUUUACAUGAGAGCGAGGCCCUUAGAGUCUUCCUCGAGACACCGGUCUAACAUUUUGGAGGCCCUAGCGAGAUCAAACUGAGAAGAGACCUCCUCGCAGAGGGAGACCCCAACGGCACCUCUCUGGGGUAAGUAGUACGGCCAGUUUUUGUUUACUUUCAUUUUGGAUCGAUCCGCCAUUUCCUUUCGCCCCAGGCCGAACUCCGGCUCUACUUCACGGGCAAAUUCUGUUCUUGGGUGAUCGGGGGACGCCCCACACGGUUUUCCGUGACUCACCGUCUGCGAUAGGAUUUUCCUAUCGAUCUGGGGAAUUUCAUUCCCAAUCUGUGGUCCGUCUGGGCCAAUCUGGGGAAUUUCAUUCCCAAUCUGUGGUCCGUCUGGGCCAAUCUGGGGAAUUUCAUUCCCAAUCUGUGGUCCGUCCGGGCCAAUCUGGAGGCACCCCCUAAGGUGACUCGUUUGAUGUGAAACUAAUGCGUGAGAGUGAGGUGGCCGGCCUGUUUGUCCUGUGUGUUGUGACUGUUGUGAUCGGUUAUUUGUUGUGUCGCGCGUACGCUAACCACUCUUUGUCUUCAGAACACCAUGGGACAAACGACAUCGUCCCCAUUGUCCCUCACCCUCGACCAUUGGUCGGAGGUUCGAGAGAGGGCUCACAAUCUCUCCUUUCAGGUUAAAAAAAGUAAAUGGCAGACUUUCUGCUCGUCUGAGUGGCCCACAUUCUCCGUGGAUUGGCCACCGGAGGGGACUUUCCACCUUCCCCUCAUCUUAGCAGUUAAGAACAUCAUCUUCCGCCCUGGAUGAGAGAGCCACCCCGACUGGAUCGCCUACAUCUUGGUAUGGCAGGACCUCAGGGAGGAGCCCCCACCGUGGGUAAAACCCUUCCUUCCUCCGCCCUCUCCUUGGUUGCCUGUUUAAACUUGUUACUAACUUAGGGGCUUGUUGCCCAUUUCUGUUGCAGGAUCCAUAUGGCUUAUUAGAUUCAAGGUUCAUGAUAAGAAAAAUUAUUUCCUUUAGCUGACCAAACUGUGCAAGAAGCUCCCUUUGUUUGUGUCUUUAAUGUUGUGGUGCCUUGUUUAAUAUGUAAGACUUCAAUUGAUUGCUUGCAACCUCGGCAUGCCUUUUAAAAGGAGUAUUUUUUUCUCUCUGGUGAAAAUGUAAACAUGUGCACAUAUAUAUGUAUAUCUAUGGUUGUUAAGAGUCAUGUCAACUUUGCCAAGUAAAAACCAGGCGGUACUAUAUUUGAGCCAGUUAAAAGGUUACAGUUUUGUUUUUAAAAUACAGCAUUUUUAUGUGGUAAAAAGACAUAAAAUAAGUAUGUUUUGGACUACUAAAAGGUGACUUCAAGGGUUUUGUUGAGAGUUUUGAUGUUGUCUGAGAAGUGAGAGAAAAGGUAAUUGACUGGUAAUAGUAAAAAGAGGGACAAAGAGAGUGGUCUUCAAGUAAAGGUGUCUGGCUAUGCCAGAAUGUGGAAAAAGAUUAAAGCUUAGUUUGAGAGGUAUUAUUGUAAGUUGUAGAAGGCUCAAGAGGAUGUGAAUUUUAUUUGUCUUAAUUUAUAGUACUACAAAUAACAGGUUUGACAAGAAGUAAAUGUGUUCAGAAUUUGACAGUAUUAGAUCAGUUUUGGUAAAAGUAUUCAUAAGAUUGUACUUUGCUGCAAAAUGUUUUCAUUAAAAUGAGAUUAUAGGUGAUAUUAAAAAUAAGAUACAAGUUCUUACAUGUGCUGUGAACAUCUGGGAGAUUAUACAGCACAAUUUUGUUACCUAUGAAAAAGCCCUUUUUGUUAAGAAUAUAAUUUUAAUAAAAUAAUGGCCUGUCACGUGACACCCUUGGACAAAAAAUCAGUGUGCCAUCCAGAUGAAGCCGGCUCUCUGAUCCGGAAUGCCAAAACCAUGUUCUCCUUUUGUGCUACCCUGACUGGACAUCCAGAGGUAAGGAGGUUUCCCAAUAUUGCCAGUUGUUCUCUUUGUAACUCAGUCGGCCCCACAUGUUAGACAAAAAUUACAAAGGUUUGAGAGGUUUAAGAAAAUGCCCCUCAGCCAGUUAAUAGAGAUAGCACAAAAAGGUCUUUUGAGAACUAAAAAAUUUACAAAAAGAUAGCCAAGGUGUUAAAAUUGCUCUAUGAAAAAAAAACUUUUAAAAAACAGACGAGAGUUUCUGGGGGCAGUUGGAUACUGUAGGCUAAAUUUUACUGAAAAGCUUGCCUCUAUAUGACUGACUCCCAUAAGGGAGAAACUCAAAAUUCGCUGAACUGGACUGAUAAAUGUAAACAGGCCUUCCAACAGCUCAAGCGGGCCUUGACAGAGGCCCCAGCCCUGGGACUCCCUGACGUUACCAAGCCUUUCAUCUUGUUCAUAGAUAAACUCAGGGACAUUGCCAAAAGAGUCCUAACUCAGGACAUUGGCCCUUGAAAGAGGCCUAUAGCCUACCUCUCCAAAAGACUUGAUCCAGUAACAGGAGUAUGGCCCCCUGCCUAAGAAUACUAGCUACUGUGACAAUGUUACUUAAGGAGACAAAAAAACUCGCUUUGGGCAAGUGAUUUCUGUGGUAACCUCUCACAGUUUAGAGACUCUUAUCAAAACCCCUCCUAAAAAAGGCUCUCAAAUGCCAGAAUUCUACUGUCAAGCCCUGCUUCUAGACCCAGAGUUAAUGAUAUUCAAGACUUCUUCAGCUUUAAACCCAGCCACCCUUAUGCCUGAUGAUGAUCCGGAGGAACAAAGGACACCUCUCUCCAUGAGUGCGCUGACAUCCUCGAACUGCAGCAGAACCUACAGGCUGAUCUUACUGACCAGCUUUUGGGAAAUGCCGACAACUGUUCGAUGAAAGCAGCUUCAUCCAAAACGGCAAACGAGUGGCCGGGGCAACAGUGACCGCUGAAAAGGAGGUACUCUGGGUUAAGCGGGUAGAGUCUGGCACUUCUGCCCAAAAGGCGGAGCUUGUUGCUUUGACUGAGAGGCUAAAACUAGCCACGGAAAAGAGGGUAAACAUUUUUUUUUACUGAAGACAUCCCUUUGCUACUGUACAUAUACGGGGAAGCCAUCUAAAAAUGCUCCACAGAUUCUAGAUUUGCUGGCAGCUGUCUGGCUGCCUCAAUGGGUUGCUAUUCCUUACAAGGCUCACCCAACCAGAGAUAAAAAAUAACAACCACAUCAGAGGGGUCAACCAAGAAAGUAACUGCUCUGAUACUAGUCCUCUGACAUUGUCAGAACUAGUCUACACAAAGAAAGACCUACAGUUGACAUCUCAACUUGGAAUAAAGUCUCCCACCCCAAGGGGCUAAUACCAGUUACCUGAUAAACAAGUACUGUUACUGGAGGCACUAGGGUGGGAGCUGUUUCACCUUGCAGAAUUGUUCAGAACUCAGUAUUUUAUUCCAAAACUCUACAAACUGACCACCUCUUCGAGCUCCAGAUGCCCACAGUGCUUGUUAGUCAACUCAGCCAAGAGCUCUGCGUUGGAGACCACCCGACAUCAAGAAAUUGUUCCAGGAGAACAUUGGGAAAUAGACUUCAUAGACAUGGUAAAACUUAAUUUACAGGGACACCGCUAUCUCUUGGUAUUAAUAAACAUUUUUACUGGCUGGGUAGAGGCUUUCCCUACUAAGUCUGAGUCAGCCUUAGUGGUAGUUAAAAAGCUAUUGCAUGAGAUCAUACCUUGAUUUGGCCUCCCACUAUCAAUGGGGUCCGAUAAUGGCCUGGCUUUCAUAGCCCGAGUCACCCAAAAGUUAGCCCAGACAUUAAAGAUUAAUUAAAACUCCACUGUGCCUAUCAGCCACAAAGCUCAGGGCAAGUAAAACGUAUAAACCAAAGUCUCAAGGACAUUUUAGCUAAGCUGUUUUCAAAAACUGGCGAUAAUUGGAUGAGCCUUCUUCCCUUUGCACUGUUAAGAGCUAGAUAUACCCCAUAUGUUUCCAAAAUUUCCCCCUUUAAAGCCAUGUUUGGGAGGCCCCCGCCAUUGGUUCCAAGAUUGUCAGAAGACAAAUUAGCUAAAAUUACUAAUCGAGAUCUUAAGUCCCUACAGACACUCCAACCUGUGUUGGCCUGGAUCCACCAGCUGUUUAGACAAAAACACUUGGACCUGCCUUCAGAGACCAAGGCCUCAAGGACUCCAGUCUUGGUUCGAUGUCAUCACCAUGACUCCCUCGAACCCCACUGGGAAAGACCUUUCACCGUGGUGCUCAGUACCCCCACUGCCAUCAAGGUAGCAGAAAAAACUGCGCGGAUUCACUACACUCAUGUAAAGCCACUGAAAACAACAGACAACGAGGGACAUACUCAGUGGACUACACAACAGACUGAUAACCCUUAAAGUUAAAAAUUGACUAAAGCAUAGUUAGAUUAUGCUGGUCAUGAACUGUUUUAGCUUGCUUGUUUUGAUUUUAAUAACAUUGAUGCCGACCUUGCAUGGCGGCUUUGGUCCCCCUGUAAGCAAAAAAAAAAACAAUUGUUAAAGAUCUUUGUAUGGGAGCCCCCUUUAAAAAAUGUAAAACGGAAUUCUCCCCUAUCUCCUUCCCUUGAUAAGACCAUUAGUGACCUUAAUCCUAAUCCUAGCCAUUGUCCCUUGCCUCAUUAACUGGAUUACCCAAUUCAUAAGGGGACAAGUCUCUCAGGUCAAAUUAAUGGUCAUACGUCACCAAUAUAAACCCCUAGCUACAACAAACCUCUAAGAUUAGAGGUCAUCCACAAAAAAAAAAAAAAAAGGGGGGGAAUGAAGAGACGAAGAAAGCUCGUUCCAUCUGCUGCUUCCCCUCCCCUUCUCCCUUCAAAUCCAACUAGGUUAAGUUUUAACUUCCUAAAGGCCAUAAAACAAAGGCCUGAGGUACUAGCUCCUGACAUCCUGGGUCUUCCCUAUCUGGUAGCCCCGUCACAAAUUGUGUUAAUUGCAUCAGAUUGUAUUAGAUUGUACAUUCUUCACAGAAAUAGCUUCGUUUAUAUCAUAGUAAUACCUGUAACUGUAAAUGUGUGUCUUCCUUUUCCCCUGGGUAAAAGAUUGAUAUGUUAAUCAAUGCUCUCAUCUGUAAAGAAUUGUAAAAUCUUACCCAAUUGAUAUGUUAACCAUUGUUGCCCUCUACAAAUAGAAAGGUUGUGGUGCUAAAGUAAGGUAAUUAUGUCAGGAAACUCAGAGAUAAAGUCUGCUGACUAUGCUAAUCAAGAUUGGGAAGUAUGUCAGAACCAAGCCACACAGGAGCUAGGUGACCUAAAAAUAAGCUGUGCAAAACAAGACAGUUAAUCAACUCUGACCCACUGGUCGCCCCUCAUGAUCUGACCAAUCACAAAUGGACAAAUCACCAACUGUUCUGCUCUAACUGCUAUGAUUGGCUUCUGUAACAAUGCUUGCUUACUUUGCGGUUUUCAUCCUUAAAAACACCAGCCUUGCCCCAACUCAGGGUUCUCCGUUUCCACCUGUUUGGAGGACCCCGUGUACACGGAAUAAUAAAAACCCCAUUGUUUUUACAUGA